CUCCCACAUGCCACCGUCUCCGGUCGUGAUAUAAAACAAUGCUUCGUUAGCGCGGUAGUAAUAAACGAACGAUGAAGGCUCCUAUACUGUUCUGCGUCCUUGGUAUCCUCGCCGCCGCAUACUGCCAGAGCCACGAUUUGGCUGUGGGACAGGCGACGUACGGCGACGUCGUCAUCUACAAAGCCAACGAAUGCAAGUAUGGCUUCCCUUUCAUCGUGAGGUCGAGCAUCAUCGAGUAUCCGGAGCCUGGGCUAACGAAUUUCGCGUACAUCAGAGCGAUUUACAUCAAGGACAACGACCGGGAUGGUAGUGGUGGUUACCCCACGAUAUCCGCUGGUGGCGUCGGCCAACGUUUCGUGAAGAUCAAGCUGAAGAGCCAAAGAGGCAACGGCUUCAACUUCACCGUGACGAUUUAUGGAAGAUACUAGGAGGUUAUGCGAUCCUGGUACCUCUUCCGCAGAUGUGACUUGUGGUUGUGACUUGUGACUUUGUUGUGAUAUUCUUCUGUUGCAAUAUUUAUUGAAUAAAGUUAUUUUUUUGC